CAUUUCUGCUGCAAAACCCGUGACUGCUGCUGCUGCUGCUGCUGCUGCUGGCUCUCUCUCACUCUCUGUAUCUCUGUGUAUAUUGAGUCAUUGUUAGUGAUGCGGUGGUCCAUGUGUAGAGCUAAAGCUGUCACUGAGCAAGGAAUGUUACACAAGAGAAGACGGUAGAUAUAGUAUGACUUCAGAAAGAUUCGACCAGAGGACAAACUGGCAGGAGCACGGGAAUAUAAAUUGAUGGGAUGCUAUAAAUGGACGGAGACAUGAGAGGAUAGAAUCUGGCACGUUUGCUGAAGCUUUGGAGUGACUGAGGAGAAACUGAUGUACAGGGAAGAAAGAGACAGCCCAGAUUGACGAAGGUGGUACAUUACAACAUAUGCUGAAGAAUUAACAAUGGAAAAAAGGAAAAUAAAGUGACAAUGUGGUUUUUCUGCUGACAGCUGAUGACGCAAGUAACGGUUCGGUGGGAUGACGGGCAGAAAUGACACCAGCACCACAACAGAUAUGGAACAUAAUACGCUGACAGUUUGCUGCUAAUGAGUGUGGGACAGAAAGAAAGGACAUAUGAUGAGUCGGGCAGACUGUCGUUAAUGUGCCAGCUGGUACCUGCUAAGCAUGCUGGGAUAGCAGAACUGACUAACGGACACUAUCAGUAACUAGUUUGUGUCUAAGUAUGCUGGGACUUUGGAAACAAUACAGCUGUCUGUCAGAGCAGUGAGGAUGAAGAGACGAGGCCUUACUAGAGGCCAGAGGUUUGUCAAGGCAGACUACUAUGAACUGGACUGGUACUAUGAAGAGUGUACUGAUGUACUGUGUGCUGAGAGAGUGGGCCAGAUGACGAAGACCUACAAUGACAUCGAUGCUGUCACUCGGCUACUGGAAGAGAAAGAGCGUGACUUGGAGUUAGCAGCUCGCAUCGGACAGUCGCUGCUAAAGAAAAACAAAGCCCUCAGUGAGAGGAACGAACUGCUGGAGGAGCAAGUAGAGCACAUACGAGAGGAGGUUUCCCAGUUGCGUCAUGACCUGUCCAUGAAAGAUGAGCUAUUACAGUUCUAUACCAGCGCUGCCGAGGAAAGUGAGGGGGAGUCCAUCACCUCCACACCUGUACACCCCAGUGAAACCAAUGUGUCAACUCCAACUUUUUUCCCCUUGGACUCCUUGCAGAAGAAACUCAAAGAUUUGGAGGAAGAAAACAAAUCAUUGCGAUCUGAGGCCAGUCAUUUGGAGACAGAAACUAUCUCCUAUGAGGAAAAAGAGCAGCAGCUUGUCAAUGACUGUGUCAAAGAGCUACGUAAUUCCAACAUGCAGAUUUCCUCUCUGGCUGAAGAGCUGGCCAGGAAGAGUGAUGACGCCUCCAGACAGCAGGAGGAGAUCACACACCUCCUCUCCCAAAUAGUAGACCUCCAGAAGAAGGCCAAGCUGUAUGCCGUGGAAAACGAGGAGCUGACACAGCACUUAGGUGCAGCCAAGGACGCCCAGCGACAACUCACUGCUGAGUUGCAAGAGUUGCAAGAUAAGUAUGCAGAGUGCAUGGAGAUGCUUCACGAAGCUCAGGAGGAGCUGAAGAACCUGAGAAAUAAAACUCUACCACUCAGCACACCGAGGCGUUUCCAUUCUCUGGGUCUGUUCCCCAUGGACUCUCUGGCAGCAGAGAUAGAGGGCACCAUGAGGAAAGAACUUCAGAUGGAUGAUCCAGAUGUGGAAGAGCAGAGGUUGCAACCAAAGCGAGUGUUCCAGACGGUGAAAAACCUGAACUUAAUGCGUCAGCAGCGUUCAUCGCUAGCCCCCUCCCCUCUCAACAUCCCCGGCUCCAAUCAGACAUCAUGCCUCACCUCAGGGCGCUCCAGCAGGGUGGGCACACCGCUGUCCCUUUCCAUGUAUGGUAGCGAGAUGGGAAGUGGGAUCAUUCUGGACAACAGGACUAGCAGUAUACUGGAGAGUUCAGACGAUGGGUCAGAGGACUCUAACAAGCGCCCCCCAGGCACCCCAGGGACCCCGGGGAGCAGGGACCUGGAGGCAGCCCUGCGGCGUCUGUCCCUUCGCCGUGACAACUACCUCUCAGAAAAACGCUUCUUCGAGGAGGAGAGGGAGAGAAAGCUGGCUUAUCUGGCCAAAGAGGAAGAAAAAGGAGGUGGGGGAAGUAGCGGAGACCCGGGGACACCGACGGAGAGCCUGCUGUCACUGUGCUCGCAUCCCUCCCUCGGUAGCGUGUGGUCGGGAUACUCAAUCACAGCAAGAUCCUACCUGCCGGAGAAGCUGCAAAUUGUAAAGCCGCUAGAAGGCUCCGCUACUCUCCAUGCGUGGCAGCAGCUGGCUCAACCCCACAUGGGUGCUUUGCUGGAUCAUCGGCCCGGUGUGGUCACGAAGGGUUUCCGCUCAUUAGCACACGAGCAGGAACAGGAAGACGGCUGGCAACUCGAUCAACCAGAGGAGGAUGAACUUUCGUGUGACUCAUUCACUGGUUUGCCAGGAGAGGGCUCUGCUCCCAUGGAUCUGCUUCACUCUACCUCUACUCCCUCUGUCUGCAACAAAAACGGAGAAGACAAUAGCCAGUCGGAAACAUUGCGAGGAGAUAGAGAAGCGAUUCAAUUUAAAGAUGGACAUGUUGCAAACAUGCCCCUUUCUUUCUCCAGACCAUCCCCUUCUUCUUCUCCUCUCCCCUCUUCUUCUGAGAUGAAUGGGCACGUGGACCUUAAGGAGCUCCAGGCCUUGCAGGCCGCCGCAAUGGACCGUAUGCCUGUUAAUUUCCCAGGAAAGUGUAUGUCCACUACUAGCUCUACAUACACCUUCACCACCUGCAGGAUUCUCCACCCCUCUGAUCAGCUGACCUCUGUGUCCCCAAGCCCAGCUCUAGCCUCUUGUCAGAGCAGUGCUGGCACUGGCACCCCGAUUUCCUCUCCUAUACCCUUCUCUGCCCCUCAUACACCUUCCUACACCCCCUGCUGCACCCCACGCCGUCUCUCCCUGUCCCUCUCUCUAGCCGAAUCCUCCACCAACCUUAGGGACUCCACCAAGACCACCAGCACUUCUCUAGGCUUAGUGCGCCUCCUGCUGGAGCAUGGGAUUUCUGCCUCAGUGUAUGAUCCCCGCAGCUGGGACCGUGGGUUUGAUGCCAGUGGAGCUUCGACACCUGUGAGAGGAGCACAUGCACAGAGCAGCGACUCACCAGGGGAAACCGAAACCAGGCGGUUUGUAAAACGCCCAGACAGCCUCUUCCUCCAGCCCUCCACUCCGCCUAACUCCCCUCGUUCCAAAUCUGCCUCCUCUGCCGGCACCCGCCCAGUUUUUCAGUUCAGCCCUUGCAGUGAGGACCCACCAUUUUAUGACACCUUCCUCGCCUCUAAGCCAGCUCGUACCAUUCUGAGGGAAGUGCUGGGGGAGGCGGAGAGGGAGCAAGCGGGGCAAACAGAAGACGACAGCCAAACAGAGAUGCUCAAGCUGCGACUUGUGGACAAACUGAAAUGUUUCCGCGCCCUCCCCCCUCAUGCUGCUUCUGGCUCAUCUGGGAGUACUCUAUUGGCCCCCUUUGGAUCUACUGGACUGGGGAACAGUGCACUGAGUGGGGGGCUCCCAGGUUUGAAUGCAGGGCUGAGGAGGAAUCGAAGCUAUCCUGCCAUGGUAGGAGCUAGUAUGGCCAUGAAAGACCCGGGAGGCCCCCCGAGCACAGAGAUACUCAUACCACAUACAAUGCAAACCCCACAUACCCAACAUGCAUUGCUCACACAGGAAAUGGGAAAGUCAAAGUCAAAUCACACACUGGUCACCAAGACCAUACACAUACCACAGACACUACAUGCACUGGAAACCGUCACACCACAGACCAUAAUACAGAGACACACCAGGCCAAACAUCGGACUGCAGGAUUCAACAAGCAAUGACCAACACAGUAAUGAUGAACAUGGGACAUAAUGGAAGAUAUUGAGUUUAUUAGCCCAUAUUACAACACACACAAGAGGAUUACCGUGCACACAUACACUACAUAUAGACAUCCACAUAUUGAACAGCUGCACUGAUGAACAAACAGUCCACUUACAGACUCAACCAAGCAUUAAGUCAAACCAGUCCAGUCUGAUCAAUGUAACUAAAAUGGUGGUGAUAAACCAGUGGUGGCUGACACUGUUACACUGUGUUAUACUCAAAUACAGUCAGACCAGACUAAUGAUGGAGUAUGUUGCCUUCCUCAGUGUCCAUUGUAACUGUGUAUUGUAUAAGAUGUAUAUGCAAUAUACCGUGUCAUAUAUAGUAUAUUAUUAAAAGGCCCAGUCUGGUGAAAGUACUGCACAGCUUUCCCACAGCCCUCUUUUAGUCUCAUUUUCCUUCCCAAACUGAACGAGUGCAUUAUUGAAAAACACAAAUUUUAAAUGUACUGUAUUGGCCCGAAUGUAAGAUUUUUUUCCUUCAUGUUAUUUAUGAAGAAAUGGGGUUGUAUCAUGGGUGGUUUAAAGCUGCAUCAUGGGUGGUUUAAAGCCUUGAUGUCAACACAAACAUCUCUAUGAAGCAUUUUCCCGUUAAAGAAACGUCUGCUGACAGGAUGCACAGCAAAGUGUAAAGUCCAUGAGCUGGUGGGGUCGAGGACAGAGAGACUGAUGUCAAAGCCAUCCAGGAAGAGAGAAAAAAAAUCUCUCCCAUUAUUGCAAUACAGCCAUAGUAAAGCCAGCCGCUCAUCCUGAACAGGGCUAGUCUAUUACCAGAGCUUCUGUUUAGCAAAGUUUUAUUCAAUCUUUUUUGUUUAGCCGUACUGUAUUGUUAUUUAAAUGUGGCAACACAUUCAAAUAUGGAUUAUUUGCCGAAAUUGUUUCAUUCAAAGAUAUUGUUAUUUUAUAUUCGGGCCAGUAUGGUAUUUUUAAGCUCUGACUUGUUUGUGUCUUCAUUGUACUGCACUGGAGUUAAAUGAAAGUUAUGUUGUUGGCACUAGAGAUUAUUUUUUACCAGCAACGUUUCUGUAUGUAUGUAAAUCUGUAUUUUCAAAAGUAAUCCGGAUUGUGGCUUUAAUGUGUCAUCCUGCUGUGACUUACUGUUCUUAUGUGCCUAAAACAGCUAACAUACUGUAUCUCAUCGGGGUAUCAUUUGUUUUGUUUUGAUUACUUUAUUAUUUCAAUGCAGUAGAGACAUACAUGAGAAUAAUUGAAAAACAAUCCAUGCAUUUACAUCUGAACCUGCUGAAGGUACUCACACAUGCUCAUCUGUGUCUGUGUCUAUUUUUAGGUCUUUGUUUUCGUCUCCUAAUGAGUUUGGGUGAAGCAUCCCCUUCAUUUAUAAUCCACCAGGGACAUGUAGCACAUAAACAGUAAUACAGACCAGGUCCAGCUAUACAGACACCUGUUAGAACACUGUGACUACAGAAUACAAGAGGCAGACCUGCAGAUUUUCACCUUAUCAUAGAAGUUUGAAGAGGAUGAUAAAUGCAGAAUGAAUUGAAUCAGUCAUGACUGAGGUAUGACAUCCUAAUCAAACGGAUGCAGAUUGCAGCUGUAACAUCAGGAAGUAAAGUCUGUUGCACCCGGAGCUUUCACUCAAAACCAAAGUUACACCCAAAUAAAAAGUGGGUGGGACCACAACAACAAAGAACUGAAGCAGUCACAGAUUUAUUUUGUCAAAAUAAAAAGCGUGUGGGUGGAAAAAAUUAGGGAUUAUAAAACAUGUAUAUUUCUGAAUGUAACUGUAAAAAGAGUGACUUGAAAUAUCCAAAAUGUUGGUUUCAAGAGAAAGGAACUGAGAUUUUAGCACAGUUUGAUGUUGAUGGGAAGAUUUUAGUAUGACUGACCCAGUUCCAGUGUCCACCCUCAGAAAUGCCCAUCAUCAUAACAUCUUGAACACUCUCCAUAAAACUUAGUAAAGUAAAAAACUAGGCUACAGGGUGUGCAUAUACACAAUGUUACUGUCCAUCUCUGCCCAUGUAAAGUGAUUUAACAUGUCCGAUUCCUCACACAUUUCAACUGAAGUCUGAAGUUGGACGUUGGGACUGGGCCACUGAGUGUCUGACAGUGAAUGAAUGGAAGUGGCUGGCUCUGAUGCUGGCAGUGAUCUGAUGAAAUCCUUAAUGAUUAAGGGAUUAUACUAGAAAGGUUAUUAAGUGUGAAAUUAAUAAUCAUUAAAUAUAUUUAUUGAAUACUUGGAUUAUUAGAAGCACGCCUAUAACUGAAUGUCCAAUGUAUUUUGUGUUUAAGUGAAGGACUUUUUCUGAUUGUAUUUAUAUUUUGAAGUGUCACACUGACAUUUUGAAUCUUUUUUCUUUUUUUUUUCAUCGGACGGUUGAUUUUUACAGUUAAAUGAUUUCAUUUCUUGCUUCAUAGAAACAUUUUCAUAAUGGGUACAGUCAGCUGUCUACAAGCUUAAGGUACAGCGAUGCUGCCUAAUACUUCAAAACAGUUUUACACCUGAGAGAAGAAAAAAAACAAUCAGACAACAAAUGACAGUAUUUAAUGAUACUAAGUGCUAAGACUGAAGUGACCAGGAGUUGGUGUGUGUUUGUGUGUGUGCUUGUUUUUCUGUGUGUCAGCUGAAUCAUCUGAAUGUAAGUUAUUACAUAAUAAACAAACAGUAAUCCUGCUGUAGGGCCAUAUAUUUGUGUACAGUAUGUUUAGUUUGUGUCAACCUCAAAAGGGGAACUAUUAUUACAUUGUAAAUGUAACACAUAUAGUCAUGCUAACUUUUUUUUUUUUUUUUAAAGAUAAACUGUAACAGUAGAACAAAAAUACAGGGAACGAAGUUGUUUAUUUUUAGUAAAGAGGGAAAGAAACCUUUUCUGUUCAGAGACUGAAGUGUUCUAUUCUACAGAACGGACUGUACUGACAAUAAAAAAUAAUAAAUACAA